AUGGGUAACAACCACGCCAGUCUGGAUGACAUCCUCGCGGAGGACAUGCACCACUGGUAUAACAAAUUCAUGAGAGAGUCUCCGUCAGGCCUCAUCACUCUCUUUGAGCUCAAGUCUAUUCUGGGGCUGCAGGGAAUGAACGAGGACGCCAACAGUUACGUGGAUCAGGUGUUCUGCACUUUCGACAUGGACAGGGAUGGAUAUAUCGACUUUGUGGAGUAUAUCGCUGCUAUUAGCUUAAUGCUCAAGGGAGAAAUCAACCAGAAACUCAAGUGGUACUUCAAACUUUUUGACCAGGAUGGAAACGGGAAGAUUGACAAGGACGAGUUGGAAACAAUAUUUACAGCUAUACAAGACAUCACAAGAAAUCGUGACAUUGUGCCAGAGGAAAUAGUGGCCCUUAUAUAUGAAAAGAUUGAUGUUAAUGGAGAGGGUGAACUGACACUGGAAGAGUUCAUUCAAGGAGCCAAAGAACAUCCCGACAUUAUGGAUAUGCUGAAGAUACUGAUGGACCUCACUCCAGUCCUAGUAAUUAUCGUCGAAGGGCGACAGAAAUAAAUGAAUGAACAUUAUGUUGCUUUGAACUCCAGAGUCAGGACAAAGAAAAUUCCCUUUCUCAAAUCAGUGAAAAUGGAGUUUGGCAGACCCAGUCUUGAGGAGCAGUCGAGGAUCAUGCUUAUGUAUCUUCCUAUGGCACUUUUAAUAUUUCCUCUACCGGACCAAAUCACGGUCUGAUCUGACCUCGUGGAGAUUCAGUGGAGUUGUCCUCAGAUGAACAUUGAUCCUCUAAUGCUAUAAGGAGUUCAGGAGACUAAGGACCUGCUGGCAAGGCUUAGGAAUGAACAGAGUGGUGCUUUUUAAGGAAAGGCUCAGCGAAGAACAUGGUGUGAACAUCUAGUGUCUUUCAUUGGGUCAACACAUCACAUAAUCCAUGUGCUGUUUAUGGCAUCACUAUAUUGCCCUGAGAGUGAAUUCUAGGACAGUCCAUCGCCGAUGUGGCCUGAAUUGCCCUAAAAAACUGUGCAUUUUUGUCCAGAGUGGUGGUUCUCAAUUAGUUUAGCAUUAAACCCAUACAAAAUUCUCCUACCUGUAUAUAAAAAGA